AUGCACAACGGGGAUUUCCUCGACGGCAGAAGGAACUUUUCAGGAAACUUUGGCGAUCAACAGCAUAACCACUACGCGCUUGGUAGAGCCGAGUCCGAGAUGGAACGGUCGGUGUCUCCCCAUGGGUCAGAGCACUCGCAAUUCUCGCAGCUGUCACGAUCCUAUGCGUCGCCUAGUCUGGCUGGCCAAAUGGGGUUGCCGAACAACAUGCCUUCGCCUCUCAGCUCGAUGCAAAUGCGAGGCUACACGGAGAUACCCAUGGGGAUGCCAGGCGUACACAACAUACCUAUUCCCAUGCAUAGUACACCACCUCCUCAGCAGGAGGCAUCGACUGCGCCCUCGGCGGCGCGCCAGGCUCAACCGGCUGCAGCCAAACAGUAUGCUUGCAGCUCAUGCAGCAAACCUUUUGCGAGACGAAGCGAUCUUGCUCGACAUGAGCGCAUACACAGCGGAGACAGGCCUCACGUCUGCGACUACCCCGACUGUGGGAAACCCUUCAUCCAAAGGUCAGCCUUAACUGUCCAUCAGCGUACACACACGGGCGAGAAACCGCAUUGCUGCGAAGUUUGUGCCAAACGCUUCAGUGACAGUAGCUCGCUAGCAAGACAUCGCCGAACGCAUUCGGGCAUGCGCCCUUUCAAGUGCCCUUUCGCAGAUUGCCAAAAGACCUUUACUCGGAGGACCACCUUGACCCGCCACCAGCAGCAGCACACUGGAACUGUGGAAGAGGCCGCGGCAGCCACCGCGGCAGCACUAGCUGCCACUGCGAACCGUACGGGUAUGUCGCAGGUCCGUCACGAUAGCGAAGCAUUAUCGAAUCACGGCUCGCCCAUGUCAACGCCCUCGCCUGGCAACCGGACCAUGUCCAUGUCCCCCAGCGUUGAUGGCAUGCACCGCCACAACAGCGAAGUUCAAUAUCUGCAGAAUGGAUCCCUUCCGGUACACAUGCGUGUUGGCAGUCCCGUGUCGACCUCGGCCGGUGCCUACAGUAACAACGGGGGCAUGCGACCAACCUCCCAUCCCACAGGGUACGGACCUCCCUCGACCUUGGAGCCGAGCGUGGAACACCAGCAACACUCUGGCUCACCGAGCGGCGCAAACAGCCCUCACAUGAGCAAUGUGGGAUGGCAGUCACCUGCGCACAUGGCAUCUCCCCAGUCCCAGCACAGCAACAGCUAUGUGUACACGGAUGCACCCGAAGGAUACCCCCCGAAUCCAGCGAACAUGGGACAGAUGUACUACGCUGGGCAGAUGCGGCGACACGACGACAAUCAGUCGAUGGUGCCAAUGACCUAG